AUGGACCGAAGUCUGCAGCGGCUAAUUUCGCAACUUCAAAGUGAUGGAGUUCCCUCUGGAGGUAGCGCUCCGGAAUGGCUGCCCCGACUCUUGAAUAACAUCCCUGGCCUGCCUGCGGAAGCUGUUCCGCACAAACGACCCAACCACGCAGACCUUCAGCCUCUGAUCGCGGACGCUGCCUUUCACCCGGCAAUUGAAGCGUGUCUGCAUCUGAUCAAUAGAGCGGACCGCAACUACCCCCGCUCCUUGCAGGGGGACCUCUAUUCCGCACAUUUCCUAGUGCGCAAGGCGCAAGGAGGGAGCCGCUAUCUCGACUGGCUUCAUGCCAUCCUGCAUAAGCUCGAAGGCGACUUUCGCAACGCAAAGAUGUGGUACACUGACAUGGGCAACAACAACCGCGGCGCUCUGGACUCGCUCUCGUCAGCGGCUGACAAGGAGAGCGCGCCUCCAAAGUUUGUUCGAUUCCAUCAGUUCUGGUUCCUUCCAUCUGCCAACGGAGGGGCUGGCGAGCGAGCAUCCGCACAGAGCGUGGUUCUGGAUAGUCCGGCCGAUACACCUCGCGAGCUCAGUCUGACAGCACAUCAGCACACCGACCUCGUCUUCCUUGCCUCGCUGAGCGCGUCGUCCGCGACCAAGGUUGAGUCUAUCCAGCGGAACAUCCAGAAGCACUUCAGAGCGACGACGAAGGCAGAAGACAAGAUCCGGGAGUCGUCCUCCGCGUUCAGCUUCGAUGAGCUCGAGUACCUACGCGGUCGCAUUGAUACACAGGACCUCAAGCGGGACCUGAUUGGAAGCCUCACCAAAGUCGAGCUGGCUUGGUUGCUGACCCGCAUGGUGGAGGACUUUGGGUGGCGCAGUCACACCGCAGCCGAAGCAGUCGACGCACUCCGGCUCGAGUCGACAUCGGCUCAGGCAGAAUCCGGUACCGAGCGCAAAGGCAAGGCGACGAACAUGGUGCUAGAUCCUGCCACAGGCUCAAGACGCUUCUGA